CCCAGGAACAUUUCUCGGCGCGCCUCCAAUCUGCGGAGCCGCACUCGGUGCCCGCGCUGGAGCUGCCCCCCCUCCCGGCCGCCCCGCCCGACCUGCCCCCGCUAGCCGCGGCGCAUGCGCGCUGGACCGCGCUGGCAGCAUUCCCGCCUGAGGUCCCGUGCUUGCGCAUCUUCCCCGCAGCCAAGACGGACGAGCGGCGUGGAGCGGUGGGUGGUGGAGCAGUGCUGCGCGGAUGUGCUGCGCUCCUUCAACGGCGCGCGCAAGGAGUGCACCGUCGCGCUGGCCACCCUGCCGCUGCCCUUCCGCCACGAGUACAUCACCGCGGAGGCCGUCUUCUCCCAGAUGCUGGCGCUGCCGGCGCCGCCGUUCCGCCUCGUGUUCUACGGCGUGGUGCUGAUGGACCUGUGCAAGGCGCUGCCGGCCGCGUUCCCGGCCGUGACCGCGCAGGGCAUCAAGGCGCUGUACGGCCGCCUGCCGCAGCUGGACGUGGAGGCGGCCACGCGGCUGGCCCACUGGAUGGCGCACCACCUCUCCAACUUCGGCUUCACCUGGGCCUGGGACGAGUGGGCCCCCGCCCUGGUGCUCCCCGCCUGGCACCCGCAGCGCCGCUUCUGCGCCGCCGUGCUGGAGCGCGCGGUGCGCCUGGCCUACUGGGACAAGCUGCGCGAGACGCUGCCCGACGCGCUGCAGCCCCUCAUGCCGCCGCGCCCGCACCCCGGAGUGCCGCCCGCAGAGGCGGAGGGAGGAGGGGAGGCGGCCGGCCUGGCGCAGCAGCUGACGGCGCUCGUGCGCGACAAGAAGAGCAGCAAGGAGGUGUCGGCGUGGCUGGACGGCGCGGUGCUGCCGGGGGCGGGCCUGGGCGGCGCGCUGGCCCUGGUGGCGCCCACACUGCUGGCCAUCGGCGCCAAGACGCUGACGCACAUGGUGACCAUGCUGGAGCGCUACCAGCCCCUCCUCGCGCGCCUCGCCCCCGACCACUCCGCGCAGGCACACCUCGUGGCCCUUGCCGCAGACUUCUGGGCCGCCUUCCCGCAGAUGGCGUGCAUCUGCAUCGACCGCCUGAUGGCCUUCCGCCUCGUGUCCAACCUGGCCAUCGCCGACUGGGCCUUCUCGCCGCCCCUCCUGCCCACGCUCCACACCAGCGACCUCGCCUGGGAGGUGGUGGGGAGGGCCCUGGCCCAGACGGGCCACCGCGCGGCCGACCUGGCCGCCAGCCUGGCCGACGCGCACAGCACCGCGGCGGCCGCGCAGGAGGAGGCGGCGCGCCUGGCGUCCGCAGUGGGGCUGGAGGCGGAGGGGGCGGCGCAGCGCGCGCAGGAGGCGGCGGCGGCGGCAGAGGAGGCCACGCAGGUGAAGGCGGCGCUGCACGCGCGGGCGGUGCAGGAGCAGGAGGUGAGGGACAGCCAGGCCGGCGGCCCAGACACGCUGCUCCUCUUCCGCUGCUCUGUGUGCUCCGUCCAGCAUCAGGCAACCGGGCAGUGCGGGAUGCCUCACCAGUCCCGCCCGCCAGACCGGGAGCCUUCCUCCUUGCCUCCCGGCCCCCCCUGGGCUGCCGCCGCGGAGGGCGAGCCGGCGGGGGAGGGCAUGGAGGAGGCCGCCCCAGCGCUGCCGCCCGCUGACGGCGCCGCAGCAGAGGGCCCCGCCACUGCAGAAGAGGCGGCAGAGGGCGGGCCGCGGGAGGGCCAGCCCAGCGACAUGGAAGUGGAGAUGGCGGCCCCUGCGGGAGCAGCAGAGGCGGAGGGCGGCGGCGCGGCGGUGGCGGGGCCCACCGCGCGCGAGGAGGGGGAGGCCUACGUCGCCGCUCUGCUGGGGCACCUGCGCGCCAUCGUGCGCCAGCACGCCCACCAGCUGUGGCCGCUGGUGGUGCAGCGCAAGCUGGCGGUGCUGACGAGGGGGGACCUGCCACCCGAGGUGCGGCGAGAGAUCGGACGCGGCCUCUGUUGCCUGGAAGGAGGAAGUACAGAGGACCUGCUGUGA